AUGUAUGUGACUAGGCCUUUGUCUAUGUACAGAAAAUCUCCGAGUACAUCGGAGAUACCGCCACCAGAUGCACCUUAUUCAGGCUAUCUAGUGAUCACAGAUGAAGAAGCAGAAGAUGAAGAUACGUGCUGUUGGCGAAUAUGUCGCCGGAAGAAUGUGAAGAGACUGCCUUUUCCACAGGAUAAAAUGUUUUCGGUUUUUCAUCCUUCGGAGAAUGAACAAGCUUCGAGUAUUAAGGUUUGGUUUCUUCCUGUUCCUGAUCAUGCUUUGUCUUCCAACAGAUACUAUGUCAUCAGAGCCAAAGGUAGACACAAAGGGAAAGCAUACAAAUGUUCAAGAGAAGGUGACAUAGUGAGUUGUUGCUUCAACAACAUCUUGAAUGACAAAAGUCCAAAGCCAUUCAAUCUAAAAGAUUUAUACCAAAUUUUCACUAUUCAUACUCAUCAAAGUGGUGGAUUUUUCGCAAAGUCAAUUACACCCGACGGAAUUCCACCAAAAUUCCUAAGAAAAAAAGGAUGGAAAGUUAGAAUUUCAGGUUCAUAUAGAUCAUGCAGACUAAAUGAAGCUCUAGGUGUUGAUGUUCCUCUAAGAGAAAAGCUUCCAAGUUUCAACUUUCCUAUCUCAAGAAAAAAGUCACCAAAUUUAGUUGUAGGAAAAUGGUAUAUCCCAUUCAUAUUUGUGAAAGAAAAUGGAAGAAAAGUCAAACAACAAAUGAGAAAGUCAAUGUUUUAUAGUAUGACACUAGAGCAAAAGUGGGAAGAGAUUUAUUCAUGUGGAAGAGAUUAUGAUAAUCAAAAUGAAAGUGAAAGCAAUGUUGUGAUUGUGAAUGUAUUUGUUGAGAGAGAAAAGGUGUUGAUUUGUGGAAUGGAAGCAACAAAGAAUGGAAGAGUUGAUAAUAAUGGUUUUAUAUGGUUUAGAGUGUAUAAUCCAUAUGAUAAGAGAAGGGUUAGUGUUGGAUUAAGUUCAGCAAUUAUUGAUAAUAUGAGAUGGGUGGAAGAACAAGGUGGCUGGGUUUAUGGUCAUGGGAGAGAAAGAAAUGUGAGUGUGAAAGAAGAGGUAACAUGUCAAAGUGAAUGGAAUAGGUUUGGUUGUUAUGUUUUGGUGGAAAGUUUUUGUAUUAGGACAUUAGAUGGGAAAUUUGUUUUGAGAUAUGAUUUUAGGCAUACUCAUAAGAUCAAGUGCAAAUGGGAGUAA